CUCAUUUGGAGGAAGGUUUCUGGAGGAGAAUAGAAGGAGAAUCCAAGAAGAAGCUAAGCCAGCGUCUUAAAAAAAAAAGGAAGCUAGAUUCUACUUGGUCACCCUUUGCGUACUGCCUACCUAUAGGAUGGUCGAUGCUGUGGGCACCAUUGCCAAGGUUAUCGAAGCUGCUCUCAAGAUCAAGAAAGCAGCAGACACGGUGAAGCAGAAUGAAGGUCUAUGCAAGCAGAUAAUAAGCCGCGUCGACGUACUCAGUAAUUCGUUGUCGCAGCACCAGAAUAACAGGGAGCUGAUGAACAACUUGGCAGUAAGAGUGGCACUUGAGGCCCUGGACGGAACCCUCGGGGAGGCCUUGAAGCUGGUCAUGGAUUGCCAGGAGGAGACCAACAUCGUGUGCCUUUUCUACAACUCCGGGAACCUGUCCCAGCGGUUAAAGGAGGUGGAGCAGCAUAUAUCCAGUAAGAACAUGGACACAAUGUUUGCCAUCAUGGGCUUCCUUUUACCUAAACAAUUUAAUCAACACGGUGCCGGUGCUCAUCCUCAGCCCCAGCAGGUAUGA